AUGGUUAAUUUAGAAAGAUUUCACGAGUUCAUGCAGAAUAAAAUAUCCAAUAAAACACCUUCUAUAAAAAGAAAUGCCGUUAAUAAUGUUAGAAAACCAUUAAUGAGAAAGGCUAUUAAUUCUCCAAAUCCAAGUACUCCAAAUUUGAAGAGAAGAAAAGUUGCUGAACAAGGAACACCUGAUUAUAACACUCCACCACUUACUGGGAUUUCCGAGUCUUCUCCUGCUGAAUUUGUCAGUGCAAAUAAUACAUUUGAAGGUUCUAGUCCUAUAAAAGCAAAGAGUAAAGAAUCAAACAUUUUAUUAGAAUCAUUGAACCCAGCUAUUGAAGAAAUUGAAACAAGUCUAGAUGAAAAUGAAGGUAAGAAACAAAUUAGAUUAGCAUCUAAUUUCGAUGCUUCCAAAUUUAAAUUCAGGACAAUGCAAAUGAAAUUAUUAGAAAGUGCAGAUGUUUUAGAUGAUCAAAUUGAUCAUUUCACUCUGUUGUAUCAACAAUCGAACAAACAAUCUGAUGUUCAAUUUGGCAAUCCAUGUUUAAGUUCCCAAUUCGAAAUCUUAUGUUGUGGAAGAAUCGUACCUGAUUCACCCUUAUACGAUAAGGAAAACUUAUCAUUGAAUAGCACUUCAUUAUAUCUUGAAACUUCAAGAAUUUCAGGGAUUGGACAAAGAGUUCCGUUGGAUAUUUCUAAGAUAGCUGCGUACUCCUUCUUUCCAGGCCAGAUUGUUAUCUUGAAGGGAAGAAAUCCAUCUGGAAAGACGUUUAUCGCUCAUGAAGUUCUCGAUUUACCUCAAUUAGGUUCUCCAGUAUCAAGUGCAGAUGAAAUUAAACAAGUUCAGGAAUUACAAGGAGAAAAUGAAUGCAAUCAAGCUGUGCAAGAUGGGGAGUACGUUUUCCCAAAUGAUAAACCACAACCAAGAAACUUGGAUGAAGUAUUCAAGACUGUAAUCACUCCAAUAUUGAAGAAAAUAGAUAAUCGUAUUCAGGUAAUUUUAUAUCCAUCAUUGAAAGAUAGUUGCAUCAAGCAUUGUUCCUAUCCACAAGAAGGGUUCGAUAGAAAGAAAUUUGGAUUGCCCAAGAAUAUCAAAGUGUUCCCUAACCCUUCAAGUUUCUCAGUGAACGAAGUUCUUAUUGGUAAUUCAAAUCUUGAUGUAUUUAAAGAUUUAAGAGAUGUUUCUAAGGAAGAUGAUUCUAAAUUGGUAUAUAAGAAUCGAUUUGAUAGAAUUGUGAAACAUAUACUUGAUCAAAGAAGGUACUAUCCUUGUUUCCCAGGGUCAGUGAAGACAGUCCCUGCUGCUGCUUCAAACACUUACGAAAUGACAAAUGGAGGAAUGGGAGAGAAUUUGGUGGAAACAGGAAUCGGCGGGUCUUGUUUAGAAGUACCAUAUUUAGGAUUAACUGAACUUGGGGAUUCAUUACCUGAUGUAUUAAUAUUACCUUCAGAGUUGAAAUAUUUUGCAAAAGUAAUCAAAGGGGUUACUGUGAUUAAUCCUGGUUUAUUCAUUAAACCAAUCGUAGAUCUUCCCAGAUCGCAGCCAACUCAGCCAAACCAAGAGAAUAUACUAUCCAAGGUCGAAGGUACAAGUUCGGUUAUUCAGCAAAAUGAUUCAACGGCAACAGUAGAAGCUGUCACGUCUAGUGAACUGGUUCAACCGUUGCACGGACCAAGAUACUUUAAUGCUCCGAUAGUUUUGCUCGCGAUCUCUUCAAUACUAGAUUCCAUCGAUGAAGGAAUACGGCGCCCUGCUGUAGCUAUGGCCACAGGUAGUGGUAAGACAGUCGUAUUUUCCCAUUUAAUCCCCCUAUUGAAACCAUCCUCAGAAACACGUGGUAAUAAGACUUUAGUUUUGGCACAUACUCAAGAGUUAAUUCACCAAUCUUAUAAAACAGUCAAAAAAGUUAACCCUGAUCUAAAAGUAGAAAUCGAAAUGGGUAAAUUGGCGGCCAGCAAGGAUGCCGAUGUAGUAAUAGCCUCAGUACAAUCUUUGGCAAGAGGAGAUAGAUUGUCUAGAUAUGAUCCCAAUGAUUACAAGGCAAUAAUUGUGGAUGAAUGUCAUCAUGCUGUCGCAUCUUCCUGGCAAAAGAUAUUUGAACAUUUUGGAGCAACUACAGAGGAGCUGGAAGUCUACCUUAUUGGGUUUACUGCUACACUUGAAAGAGAUGAUAAUGCUGCAUUGAAUGCCGCAUUUGAUUUUAUUGUGUUUGAAAGAUCAUUAAGUAACAUGAUACAAGAUAAUCAUUUGGUAGACUUUAAGAUAUCAGAAGUGGAAUUUCCCGGAAUGACCGGGGGAGAUUCUGAACUCUCCGAAAUUGAUUUCAUAUUCUCGAAGGAGUGUAAUACAAUGAUUGCUAUGACGUACCUAAAAGCACAAGAGAAGCAUCAAUUCAGAAGCACUUUAGUUUUCUGUAUGAACAUAGCGCAUUGUCGAACUUUAUGUGGAAUACUACAGGAAAUGGGUGUAAAUGCCCAGUAUGUGACUGGUUAUACUUCCAAAAUAGAAAGGGAAGCAAUAGUGGAAGAUUUCAAGCAGGGUAAUAUACCCGUACUUUGUAAUGUCAAAGUGUUUACAGAAGGGACGGACCUUCCCAACGUUGACUGCAUAAUCUUAGCAUGUCGCACGAGUUCUAAUCCAUUAAAAGUACAAAUGGUUGGCAGAGGAUUGAGACGGCAUGCUGGGAAAUCACACUGCCAUAUUAUUGAUUUGGCGGGCCUAACUCGUGGAGGAUUGGAGAGUGAACCAACACUAUAUGGACUGGCAUCACAACGCAAGAAGAGCGGGUUAUCCCUAGAAGAAGAAAGAAGGAAAGAGGAGGAGGAAAGAACCAUUAUGGAAAUAAAGGCAGCAGUUGACGCUGGUAAGAUGUUUCUUGACAAGAACUUGAGAGACACUAAGAUGGUGGAACAUACAAGAGAUGGGUUAACCAGUAUGGAAUUUGUUGAUGCAAGAUGGUUCAAGAAUGACCAAGCUGUUGAUGCCUUCUUCCGUACCAUGCCUCACCGUUGGGUAAAGCUUGAAAAAAACGUAUGGGGCGUCCCUGGGGCGGACUUUAACUCGGGUUAUUUUGCAAAAAUGGAACGUCUAUCUGAAGAAGGGAAGGAUGUUUUUCAGAUAUCUAUCCAUAAACUCAAGAGUCGAGAAGAAAUUAGCCGAUUGGGAUUUAACGUUAAGCGAACCGUUCUUGUAAAAAUGAUUUGCAAGCAUCCAAAUCUAUAUCGAUUAUACUAUGAGUUCAAAAAGAGUUGUAAUGAUGAAUGUGAGUUUGCAAUGAAAAGAAAAUACAAGCACGAAUAUCGUCCUACCGAGAAACAGGUAAACUUUCUCAAAUGGAUAGCACGUGCCCGCAUCCAAAAAUACAUUAAGGAUAAUAAUAUAACAGCGAAAGACCCCUUUAUUGAUUGCCUUGCUAUGGAAAUCGGUCAACGGUCACAAGUAGAAAUGUCGAAUUUAAUAUUUGCAAUAAAUUACAGUAUAAACUCCAUCUAUGCGCAAGCCAAACUCAAUUCAAUCUUUAGGCUGACAGAAGCGAGAUUGGACAAUGGUUUAAUCACCCAAUCACCCGGUAGAGAGCUCUCGAAGCGCGGGAUUCCUGUGUUUACUAAGGAUAGAGCUCCGGCGUUUACUACGUCAAUGUCAGAACAAGAAUCUCACAAACACAAUAAUGAAAAUGAAUCACACCACACAAAUAAUUGGGCAGUUUUAGUAUCAACCUCACGAUUUUGGUUCAAUUAUCGUCAUAUGGCCAAUGUGUUAAGUUUAUAUCGUACUGUCAAACGAUUAGGUAUCCCAGAUUCUCAAAUUAUUUUGAUGUUGUCUGAUGAUAUUGCAUGUAAUGCUAGAAAUGCAUUUCCAGGUACAGUUUUCAAUAACAUGGAUCAAGCAAUUGAUUUAUAUGGAGAUGCUAUAGAGGUUGAUUAUAGGGGAUAUGAAGUUACAGUGGAAAAUUUCAUUCGUUUAUUAACAGAUAGAUGGGAUUCUGAUCAACCAAGAUCCAAAAGGUUAUUAACUGAUGAAAAUUCAAAUAUAUUUAUUUAUAUGACGGGACAUGGAGGAAAUGAAUUUUUGAAAUUUCAAGAUGCUGAAGAGAUUGGUGCUUAUGAUAUAGCUGAUGCAUUUGCCCAAAUGCAUGAAAAGAAGAGAUAUAAUGAAAUCUUCUUUAUGAUUGAUACUUGUCAAGCAAAUACUAUGUAUGAAAAGAUUUAUUCUCCUAAUAUAUUGGCAGUAGGAUCAUCAGCAUUUGAUGAAUCAUCAUAUUCACAUCAUUCAGAUUUGGAUAUUGGUGUAGCUGUGAUUGAUAGGUUUACGUAUUAUACAUUGGAUUUCCUUGAAAAUAUUUCUAAAGAUUCUAAAGAGACAAUGGAUAAAUUGUUUGAGGUUUAUACUUAUGAAAAUGUUCAUUCACAUCCUGGAAUAAGGACUGAGUUAUUUAAAAGAAACAUUAGUGAGGUUUUGUUAACAGAUUUCUUUGGAAAUAUCCAAAAAGUAAUUGUUGAUAACGUGGAAAGUGAUUUAUUAUUGAGUUCGAUUAAUAACUCUUCUAAAGACAAUAUUAAUCCACCCACUACAAUUAAGAAAGGAGGUAAGGUUGAGUUUAGUUUUGAUAGUGAUGAGAAUUCUACAAGAGCAAUUGAAGUGACGAAAUCACAAGCAAAGAUGUUUGGAGGAUUAACAGUUUUUAUAAUGACAGCUUUAUGGUUUAUUGCAACCAAACUUUAG